GAGCCUGUCGCGGGGCGCGCGGCGCUGGCGCGAGGCGCGGCGCGCGUGCUGGGCGCGCGGGAGCGACCUGCUGGACGACGUGGUGAUCCAGUGAGACAGAGCGAUUUCGUGCACUGGGCGUCGGGCCGCCCGUCGAUGUCCUCAUCUGAAGAGGCCCGAGAUGCGUGUGGGGCACUGGCGGUAGAGAGCCUCUUGUACGAUGUUCCCUGCGACGAUCCCUUGCCGUUCUUUUGUCUGCGUGUCCAGUCGCCGAGUUGGUGAAGAAGCUUCAUAUAAUACGCGAAGAUUCAAAUGAUUUGAAUAACUUCUUGUCUUUAUUACCGAAAUAUAAGAAAUACAUUGCUGAUAUGUACAUCACUCCAUAUGUAUUCACUUUUUUUAUUGCUUUCUUCAUCGACCAGAAGACUAAUACGGAAAUGUCUCAUAAUAAAUGUUAUAAAGUUCUAGAGAAUGUGGAGGGGUAAAAAAUGAUCACCUUUUGCUAAUGAAUGUAGGUUAGAAAUUUUAUAUAUUGAAGUUACAUAUGUGUUCUCCCCUAAUUUUAAGGUAACCCUUUAUGUACAGAGUUUUGGGAAGUCACGUUCUGACUCAUUCAAGGAGAAAACUUCGUUAUUAGCAAUUUCUCAUUCGUUGGCAAAAGGUGAUCAUUUUCUAACUCUAUGUAUCCCUUGGAAACCUACAACAUUUAUUCUCAGACACCUUUGUAGUGCCUCAGAGAUCUUGUAAUUGGCCAACGGUAUGCCAGAUCUCCAUCGUUUGCAGAGUAUUAUCUUUUCACGAGGUUUUGCUGCAAUGCCUAAUUACAGCACCUUUGGAUGUGGGUAAAAAGUGGGACUUUUCACUGGAAAAUUGAAAAUUAUAAAAUAUUUUGGAAAUAUUUGUAUAAUUUAUGGUUUUGUAUUAUAUAGUUACAAAUCUUACUAAAUUGUGAAGAUACAUCAGUCUUUAUUCGACAUAAAAUAUAAUAUGUUUUGUCAUGAACAUUUCAUGCAAAUAUUGUUGCGAAAAGCUUUUUUCCUUGUUUCUUUCUGGUACUUUUGUCUAGCAGAAAGGCGGUUACCCUUACAGGUAUAUUCGACCAUACACAAGACACCAUCACACUUGCGGGCUCCUCUGAUCUGUGGCCAGCAGAACAGGAUGCCCUCCACGGGAACGUAUACAGGCAAGGGACAAGCAACCAUGCCCAAGGCGGGACUGGAACCCGCGAUCCUUCGUACCGAAGGGCAGAGUUGGUACACGCUCUUAGCCAUCUCGGCCAAUCAGGCCUGCAAAAGCUUUUUACAAAUGUAGAAAUUGAAAAUAAGUGUUUUGUUUCUAUAGGAAUUGCCGUAUGUUAAUUAAUAAUUCUAUUUAUAAACUUAGAAAAAUUGUUUCAUACUUAAUAGAAUCAAAAUGUAAGCUACGAAGGCCAUUUGUUAACAAACGGGACCUUGUAUCUUGCUAAUGCUAAGUUUAAGAUAUCACAUCACUUACUUCUUGGAUUACCAUUACCAUUAUCGGUGGUGCUACAAUAGUACAUAUGUUUUUUAUGCUAUAAUUAUACUUCUAGUUGAAACAGUGAAAGUGUCGUUAAACACGUAAAAGAAUGAAUGUGACAAGUUUGGGGUGCUGUUCAUAGGUAAGGUACUUACGUCUAGAGUGACAUCUUAAUCAACUAAAUUAUCAUCUCGUAAGUUGGAGUCCAACAACCGGUACAUAAGUUUGAUUUUACAUUUAAGAAAAACAUUUUCAACGAAAAUAGAAACUGGCCCAUUUUUAUAAGCACACAUUACUGUUUUUAAGAAAAAAAUUAAACACAUAUGUUACACUUAUAAUCAAUAUGAAGGUUAUACUAAAAUACUCAAUUAAAUAGAUACACUACAUAUAUUCCAUUCCCAUUGGCACAAUAGGCAAUACAGUUAAUUGUUUUUACGUUUUUCUGUUCAGCAUGGGUAAUUCUGGGCAUACUUAUAUAUGCUACUUAUCCAAAUCGAGAUAAAAGUUUUAAAUACCUCUUCUAUUGCAAGAAUCUUUGAAAAUGCUGGGAACGAUUCAGAUAUAAAAAGCUAGAAAGCUCAGCUUUAAAUACGAAUCAAAGCGAAAUACUGUUCCUUAACAAGUCACGUAUCUCAACGUAAAUAGGUUUUCAGUGACGUGCGAUUACAAUGUUACCAAUUUUUUACAAUUAAAAGAAGGAUGAAAAAAUUUGAUAAAAAAGUAAAACAUAAAUAAAUGAAACAUUUUAUUAAGUCAAGCAAAAAUGCACUAGUAAUGCUUACAUUCCUUUAGUUCAUUUAAAUAAACAAGUAUUGUUUUAUCAACAGAACACUUUUGGUUAAUAUAUCAUUUUCAGACCAUAUGUUAGAAAUUUAUGAGCAAGAUCAUGCUUGUUCAGUAAAUAUUCACAACAAUAGUUGCAGUGAAUAGUUCGCGGUGUCACCACGAAUGAAAAAAAUAUUUACAACAGUGAUUAUUGUGAAAAAGUGUUUAGAAUCUGUGGAUAUAAUAGAUUCG